GAAUAAAGCCUCCAAUCGCACCGCACACAAAUCGCAUGUGAUUUGUACGGGAAGCUGGCGCGGUUCUUGUGCGAAUCACAUGCGAUGUACUGCACGUAUGUGAACCCGGGCGUACAGAGAUGCAGGGGCGGACUGACAACUCAUGGGGUCCCCGGGCAAUAGGGGAUCAUGGGGCCCCUGUGUCCUUGCCCAAACUCAAAAAAGCCUAUGAAAAAGGUACCAGGGGCAUCUCAUGGGGCCCCCUACUGACCCCGGGCCCUCGGGCAGCAGUGCCCGAGUUCCCAAAUGGUCAGUCCGCCCCUGGGGGGGAGUGAUCCUUUGAAAUGUCCUCUUCCAGU